AUGAGCGACAACGCGUUCAGAUUCUCUGAUCUCUACUUCUGCAUGUUCCUAUGCAUUCUGUCAAUCGUCCUCUCUCCUGCCUCCUACGAGAACGACCCAGAGCACCCACCGCGCUUGACAGAGCGACGUAUGAUCAAACAUAACGCGACAAAGGUGAACAGAAUCACUGCUAUGAACACAGCUCCCAACUCCACUUCCGCAACGCGUGCCCCUUGUGCCCCCGCAGUGUCUGUCCGUUGUGCCGCCGCAGAUGCUGACAUUCCACUCCAAGCGGCUAUUGCCCCCACAGAUGCUGAGAGUCCAUCCCAAGUGGCUACUGCUCCAGUCUCCGUUCUCCCAUGUCAGCCUACUGCUACUCCUCCACAGGACGAGGGCGAGUUCUCUGCGCACUUCAACGGGCUCGAAAGCAUGCUCGAGGAAGAAAACGCCGGCGUGAUCCCGACGGCCCUCCAGGUUGGCCCACAGAUUCAUGAGCCUUUGAACAACAAGCGUGCGUGGUCUUUGGUUACACAAGAACAAGCAGACCUCUCGUUGUUGGUGUCAUCCAAGAGCGGAGGACCUACUGCGACUAGACAUCCUUAA